CCCAUUUCCAUCCUCACUCCUAAACCCUUCCCCUUUCUCAGUCUAGGGUUUAACAUCUCUCUCUCUCAACGAUCCAAGGACUGCAGGUUGUGGCGAUGGCUUUGUUUAGAAAAGCUGCGAGUCUUUUGGGGAGGACUGUGGGAAGCCGAGUAAGUCGGGAAACAUCAGUCUCCAACCCCUCAAUUUUUCAAGCAAUAAGAUGCAUGUCAAGUUCAAAGGUUUUUGUAGGAGGACUUUCUUACCAGACGGAUGAUAACAGUCUUAGAGAGGCUUUCGACAAGUAUGGACAAGUUGUGGAAGCACGGGUGAUUCUUGAUCGUGAAACGCAGAGAUCUAGAGGAUUUGGGUUUGUUACAUAUACUACUGCUGAGGAGGCCUCAGCUGCCAUUCAGGCUCUGGAUCAGCAGGAACUCCAUGGUCGUCAAGUGAAGGUCAACUAUGCAAAUGAUAGGCCACGUGGAGGCUUCGGUGGUGGAGGCUUUGGAGGUGGUGGUGGUUUUGGUGGUGGCAGCUACAAUGGAGGUGGUGGUGGUUAUGGUGGUGGCGGCUACAAUGGAGGAGGUGGUGGUUAUGGUGGUGGCGGAUACAAUGGAGGUGGUUAUGGCGGCGGUGGUGGCGGCUAUGGGGGUGGUGGCUAUCCUGCAGCUGGAGAGAGCCAAACCAGUGAUGAUGCUCAGGGAUACGGUGGCGAUUCUGGUAGCUAUGCCUCAGGCGCAGCGGAUAGUGGAUUAGGAGGUGGCGGUGAGGGAAGCUACAGAGACUAUGACGCCCCGGGAAAUUUUGCUGAUAAACGGGGUUGAUAUAGCGGUCCCCUCUAAUUGGUUCGAGCAAGAAUGGAAGCUGCAAGAGAUUUUAUUCACUGAUAUAUGAAAUUAUCUUAUUUUGUUCUCUUCUAGAAUUCCUAGAACUUUUCAUGUUAUAUUUGAUAUUUUUGUCAGGUCACGUUUAGUUUAUUAGGUUUUUUAAUGUUAAGCUUUUGGGUCUUUAUUUGGUGUUUGAAAUAGUGACAUUAUUCAUCCAAAUAUUUUGCUUUUAACAGCUA